UGCACAAGUUUACACUAGUGAGAUAAGAAAGGCUAGGCCCCUAUAGGGUAUUUUGUUAUCCAAUUACUGCAACCUGACUUUUGGGGGAAGCGGACGAAUGGUAGGGGGAGGGAGAGAGAGAGGAAGAGUUUCCAAACUUGUCUCCAGUGACAGGAGACAUUUACGCUCAGGGAGAUAAAACUGCCACUUAGAGCCCAGGGGAGCUAAACCUUCCUGGGUUGGCCUGGGGGCUCGAGCAGAGUCAUGGAUUCCCUGGCCCUGCAGCUGUGCGCUCUCCUCUGCCUAGCGGCUCACUCUGCUUUUGGAAGCCCCAUCAUGAGCCUGGAGCAGUCGCCUCUGGAAGAAGACAUGCCCCUCUUCGAUGAUGUCUUCUCAGAGCAAGAUGGUGUUGACUUUGACACACUACUACAGAGCAUGAAGAAUGAGUUUCUCAAGACAUUGAACCUCUCUGACAUCCCUAUGCAGGAUUCAGCCAAGGUUGACCCACCAGAGUACAUGUUGGAACUCUACAACAAAUUUGCCAUGGACCGCACCUCCAUGCCAUCUGCCAACAUCAUCAGGAGUUUCAAAAAUGAAGAGUUGUUUUCCCAACCAGCCAGUUUUAAUGGGCUCAGAAAAUACCCUCUCCUCUUCAAUGUGUCCAUCCCCCACCAUGAAGAGGUCAUCAUGGCUGAACUUAGGUUGUACACACUGGUGCAAAGAGAUCGCAUGAUAUAUGAUGGAGUGGACCGGAAAAUUACCAUUUUUGAAGUACUUGAGAGCACAGAGGACAAUGAAGGUGAAAGAAACAUGUUGAUCUUGGUGUCAGAGGAGAUCUCUGGAACCAACAGCGAGUGGGAGACUUUCGACAUCACCAGUGCCAUCAGACGUUGGCAAAAGUCAGGUUCAUCCACCCACCAGCUGGAAGUCCACAUUGAGAGCAGACACGAUGAAAUUGAGGACACUGUCAGGGGACAGCUGGAAAUAGACAUUAGCGCCCAGAAUAAGCAUGACCCUUUGAUUGUCGUGUUUUCUGAUGACCAAAGCAGUGAGAAGGAACAGAAAGAGGAACUGAGUGACAUGAUCACCCAUGAACAACUUCUGAAUCUGGACAACCAGGGUCUGGAUGGUUAUUCCAGCGGUCCUGGGGAGGAGGCUCUGCUGCAGAUGAGAUCAAACAUCAUCUAUGACUCCACUGCCCGCAUCAGAAGGAAUGCCAAAGGAAACUACUGCAAGAGGACCCCGCUCUACAUCGACUUCAAGGAGAUUGGCUGGGACUCUUGGAUCAUUGCCCCGCCUGGAUAUGAAGCCUAUGAGUGUCGUGGUGUUUGCAACUACCCCCUGGCAGAGCAUCUCACGCCCACAAAACAUGCGAUUAUCCAGGCCUUGGUCCACCUCAAGAAUUCCCAGAAGGCUGCCAAAGCCUGCUGUGUGCCAACCAAGCUGGAGCCCAUCUCCAUCCUCUAUUUAGACAAAGGCGUUGUCACCUACAAGUUUAAAUAUGAAGGCAUGGCUGUUUCUGAGUGUGGCUGCAGAUAGGAGAGGAUUUGUGUUGCUUAUUUAAUAACUGUAUAUGUGUAU